AUGGCCUCCAAACUUCUCCUAUUGCUUCUCCUCAUCCCGGGACUUAUCGGCGUGGCAAUGCUCUUCCCUCCCGGACGUCGGUUGGUCCGCCAUUGCGUCGACGUGCUCCUAAACGGCAAGACGCCGCUGCGCUGGCUCGCCGGCCUGCUAGCGGGCAUCCUGCCACCAGUAACGUGGACGCUGGCUUUCAAGUGCGCGAGGUUGAUACCGGAUGAGUGGCGACCAAAGAUCCACACCCAUGUUCUCCCAAAACUCGAGGCGAAGCUUCUAUCGUCAGCUGGGAUACUGUUUGUCACGUUGUGCCUAGUGCCGUUGGCCAUGCUCGUUCGAACGCGCUGCCACACGGCCCUAUCCCGCAAACUAUACCCCGCCCUUGUCGUCCUGUUUCCUCUCUGGCUCAAGGUCCUCAAUAUGCUGGCACUAGACCUGCCUACGGUGAGGCAGCUUCUCGAGCGGGCUAUCGCGAAUAACAACAUGCUGACGCACCUGGGCCUGCAGACCCCUGAACAAGACGUCGUCGCCUGGAUCUUCUACGGCGUUCUUCACUUCGCGUCCCCAUUCAUUGCAGGCUGGUGGAUCUGGGGCUUCGCCCCACCAGGCGCUGCCAUCGUGUUCGGUAUCACGCUGGGCGCGCAGAACCUCUGUGGUCUCUUCACGCAUCUUGUGUUUCCGAACGCGGCUCCGUGGUUCUACGACGUCUAUCCCGCAGACACCGUCCCGGACUACAGCUUUCCGGGAAACCCUGCCGGCCUCGUUCGCGUGGACGAGGUGCUGGGUACGCACCUCUACAGGGCUGCGUUCAAGAAGAGCCCGGUCGUGUUUGGGGCACUGCCCAGUCUCCACGCCGCCACCUCGCUGUGUUUCUCUCUGUUCGUUGCCUGUUACGGGGGUCAGUGGGGCAUCGUCACCAUGGUCGUCUACUCGACGUUCAUGUUCUGGAGCACAAUGUACCUGCAUCAUCAUUUCGCCAUCGAUCUGCUCGUAGGCUCGUUCUACGCGCUCGCCGCCUUCGCCGUCACGCAGCACUUCCUCCUCCGGAAGCUAGACGCCAAGUACGUCGAGGAGGGCCUCACGCGCGGGGUCGACCGCCUCUUCUGCCUCACCCCGCGCCACGCCGCCUACAUGCGCGUCCCGUCCUCCCCGCCGCGGACGGGCACGCCCGACGCCGCUGCGCAGUCCCCGCCGCGCGACGAGGAGGAGUCGGGGCCGGACGUGCGCAGCUUAGACGAUAGCUUCCCGAUGAUGAGCGUGUCCCGUCAGCAGCCCGCGACGGCUCCUCAUUCCUCCCCGACGCAGCUCGCAUAA